AUGGCGAUCAUGAGAUUGAAGAGAGGGAUUAAGGUAGAGGUGUGGAGGAAGAGUGAAGCAAGUCUGGGCUCUUGGCGGUGUGCUGAGGUCAUAUCUGGUAACGGGCACACCUAUGAAGUCAAGCAUGAAAGUUACCAACCUGGCAUGGCUGCAGAAACUGAAAGAGUAUCGAGGAAAUUCAUUAGGCCAUUGUCUCCAUCGGUGGUUGGUUUGACGAAUUGGACUCCUGGUGACAUCGUAGAAGCAUUCGAGAACCACUCAUGGAAGCAUGCGAGAGUGUCAAGUGUGGCUGUUGGGGACUACUAUUUCGUUAGAAUCAUUGGAUCUUGUAAGCUAAUCAUAGCUCAUAAAUCUGAACUUAGGGUGCAACAAUCUUGGGAAGACAACCACUGGGUUAUAAUUCGGAAGGACUCUAGUAGAUUUAAGGAUUCAAAGGUCAUAAGGCGGUCUAAUGUCGCAGAGGAUUUCAACCAUCAUACCGCUCCGCCUACAAGAAAAGUGAAAGUGUAUGAGGUUCCACUUAAAGAACACCAUGGUCUGGAGGUAGCCCAGAGGAAAAGGCGCAGCGUCUGCAUGGCACCUGUUGAGUUACGCAAGCAUGCUUCCAUGAAUCACAGAGAAUUUGGAUCUACUGAUGCCCUAGAAGGAAAUGAUACUCACAGAAUCUCAUCCUCUGUGGGUAGCUGUAGUCCUUGCGGUGGUGUUUAUUCAUCAUCCUGCCAUCUUACAACUUGUCCAACUCAAGAUAAGUCACCUGAUCAUCACUUAGAAUUGCAUGCCUACCACUGUACCAAGAUGGCAUUGUAUUCAUCUGAACACUUAACUUGGGAGCAAGAAGCAUUCUUGACACAGCUCCGCCUUCAGCUCCGUAUUUCAAAUGAUGAACAUCUAGCAGAGCUAAAGCAUCUAGCAUCCGCUCAAAGUGAUAGACAGAGUUAUGCCUAA